CAUCACUCUUCUUUCAGACCACACGCGCGCGAGAUCGCUAGACAGCAAGACUCGCGAUGCCAUCCAGAAGGGCAUCCGGGAGAGAAGACGGGCUUUCGAUGCGCCUCGCGGACACGACGUUCGACGGGGACGAGACUACAAUGAUUCAACCUUCCCCUCGAACGCGGCAAUAUGUCGAGGACUACACCGACGGCGCAACGCCCUUUCCGUGGGAAGACAUGCCUGUGCUAGUUGUUAGCACAGUGGAAUCUGACUUGAGACAGCUUCUACGGAAGAGGGUCACUGCCGCCGGCGGUCGCAUUGUGCGGAGGUUUAGCAACGCUCGCAUAAUUGUGAUACCCUACGAGCCCGAGGAGAGCGUCUUGGCCGCUCUCCAGCAGAUCAAGUCCGUCGAAGACGGGUCUGCGUCUGUUGUUAAGCCGCACUGGGUAUUGCGUACCUUCUUCGAUGGCUACGCCGACACACAUACCGCAAGGCCCAGGUGGGAGAACAUACGCGUCUCUGUAGCGGACUUGGGUGACGAAGAGCUGCGGCUUGACGUCAUGAUUUCGCUUGAGCGAGAGGGCGCACUCCUUGUCCCCUUCAACGAUUGCCGAGUUUGCGUCCUGCCCGCUGGACACCCAUACCUCAGCACAAGGCCGACUGCAUAUGAGCACAUGAGGUUCUGCGAUGCGGCGUAUGUCUUUGAGCAAUGUGGGGUGCAAAGGAUUAUCCCGAAGCUGAGGCCGGCUGGACGAUCGGAAUACAGGCAGCAACGGUUGUCCCCGACGCUAGCGUCUAAAGGUGGACCCGGUCGCCAACGAGACAUCGUCUCAUCUUCGACAACUGCAGUCUCUUCCAUCCAUCUUCGGACGAAGUUCACUGCCGAGGACCGCGAUCGUUUGGCGCGCUACCUCGCCAUUGCGUGCCCUGAUGAGACAGGACGCACCUCGAGGAAGUUGUACAGACUUCUCGUGGAACGAGGUUCUAAUCGACAAGGGAACAGAUGGUCAUGGACAGCGCGCCACCCCGCUGAAGGGUGGCGGCAGCACUACCGAACGUACAAGGCCAGGCCGUGGCACGACGGUACGGUGCUGGAGGACCUCAUUCGUCAGUACGUCGAGGAUGGGAUCGACUCGGGCUUCCUCACGACUGCCGAGCGGCGCACGCGCGGGGUGAAAACGCCCACCAAGCGCGCCAAACGAGGUGCGGAAAUGCAGUCUGCCCUAGCAGCAUCCACCAAGCGGAAGCGGGGCGAAAGACAAGUUCAGGAAGAGAAACAGCCCUACCGCGGGGUGACCAAGAAGCGGUCGAAACCGCAAGCUGCAAGCUCCUCAGCAUCAGAGGACGAGGAGAUUGACGGGCUGUUGAGAGAGUAGCAAAGAGAGCAUAACGAGAGUAAUACAGAGUAAUAAUGUAUAUGCAGGCCCCGAGCACGCUCCUGUAUCUUUGACGC